AUGUCGUUGUCUAAUGCAAUCAAUUUGUCCUUUGUAGGAAGGUUUGCUACAGUAGUUUGGCAGCAGGUCCGUCAUUCAACUAAAAGGGCCGCCGGUUCGAGAACUUCCAUGAAGGAUUCCGCAGGUAGAAGACUUGGACCAAAGAAAUAUGAGGGUCAAGAGGUCAUUAGUGGACAGAUCUUGUUGAGACAACGUGGUACUAAGUUCUAUCCGGGAGAAAAUGUCGGAAUCGGGAAGGAUCACACACUUUAUGCCUUGGAACCUGGUAUUGUGAGAUAUUAUCUGGAUCCGUUCCAUCCAAGAAGGAAGUUUAUUGGUGUGGCGUUGAAUAGAGAAUAUCUAUUGCCCAAAGAGCAUUUUGAACCAAACUUAAGAAGAUUUGGACGUAGCAUUUUGAAGAAUCCAAAGGCAGCACAAUUGGAAGAACGGACUUUGCCUAGAAAGCAAGAACUGGUAAAAGAUGAAAUUUUGGAUCGUUUGCAAUCUCGUGAGUUAGAAAGAGUCAAGUUAAGGAAGGAAUUUGCAUCCAUUUUAGAAUCUCAAAAUAAACCUUCCAAUUUAACUGACAUGGAAAUCACUACUUCUUAUUUGAUUCGACUUAGAUCUUCUUUGAAAAAUGGGUUCCAAUUGGAAGAUGCUCAAUUUUAUUCCAAAUCAUAUCUUGAAAUGCAAACAAAACUUAAGGCUAAUAAAGAAAAAUGGGAACCAGCAAAACUGGCAUUAUCACUAGAACAAAUUGAAACGAUAACGAAAUCAUUGGACAAGUCAGUGUGUUUCACCAAUAAACUAAAAUUAAUGGCAUAUAUAUCACCUGAAGAAAAACUAAACAAGAAACAAGCAUUAAUGGAAACUUUAAAAACGAAAUUCAGCAAUAAUGUUGUAACAAGAAAAGAUAAAAAAUUAUUAGAUGAAUUAUUCGCCAGUGCUAACGAAUUCUUAACUCUAUCUGAAGAAGUUCAUUUAAGGAGGAAAUUUAUGAAACCUGUCUUAUCCGAACACUUGGCUCCACCUCUUGCAAAGGAGUCUGUGAAAGACAAGAAAGUAUUGAAGAAAGCAACAAUGAUAAAUUGCUUCAACUAUGAGAAGCGGAGAGUUGAUAAUAUUAUUAGGUCGAAGGAAUCUUUCCCAAAUAGAGUGUAA